UCAGUUUUCUAAAGUAGUCGUUAGUUCAAUUUUGUGCGAAGCUGCGUGCGGGCGUAUCGAGUUUGGCGAUCGUAUCAGUUCAUCUGCUCGUCAAGCAACAAAAAAUGAGCGCCACCGCCACCACGACGACUUCAGUCCAAUCCCCAAUGGCGGAGAUCAAGCUGGGCGCUGAAGUCUUCCACAGCAUUGCUUCGACGACCAGUGAGCAGAAUGUGAUCACAUCCCCAUUGCUGCUGGAGAGCACGCUGGCGCUGCUCUUUCUGGGCUCCGAUGGAGCCACGGCAGAGGAGCUGCAGCGUUUGCUGAGCCUGAAGGAGCGGUUCACCAGCAAUGCCAAAAUGGCGAACUAUUAUGCCGCAUUGCUCGGAAGUGCCACCGGGGAUAAGGACACGCAUGCCCAACUACAGAACCGUCUGUUGGUGCAGACGCCCAGUGCUGCCAGCAUUGCUGCGGACUUUCAGAAAAUCGCCCAAACCUAUUUCCAUGCCACGGCCGAGAGCGUCGACAUGCAGCAGACGGAGAAACUGCGACGUCACAUCAACGAGCUACUGUCUGUCCUGGGCUUGGGUGAGAUGAUGACAGAGCUGCCGCAGACAAACAAUGCCGGCCAGUUGCUGCUGGUAUUGGCAGCACGAUUGCAGAGCAAAUGGUUUCUGCCCUUCAGUGCCUAUCGCACGGGUCUCUAUGAGUUCCAUGGUGGGGAUGGCGGGGCCAUUGCCAAGUCAGUGCCCAUGCUCUUCGACGACGACAUGUUUGUCAAAUAUGCCGAGUUGCGGGAGCUGAAUGCACGCGCCAUCGAGCUGCCCUACGAGCAUGCGGACCUCGAGCUGGCAAUGCUCCUCAUCCUACCCAAUCAGCGCGAUGGUCUGCCCCAGCUGGAGCAACAGCUGCGAAGCACAGAUUUGGGCGCCCUCCAGGAACGCAUGCAGGUGGAGAGCGUCCAGGUGCUGUUGCCCAAGUUCACCAUUGACUUUGAGUGCAGUCUGCGACAUGCACUCAAGGAGUUGGGCUAUGUCGAGAUCUUUGGACAGUCUGCCAACUUCAAGCACCUGCAUCCGGAUGUGGCGCUUCCGAUUGUCGAUGUGCUGCACAAACUACGGAUUGCGGUGCAUGAGUCGGGCUCUGAGUCCGCACAGCCCGCAGCAGCAUACAAGCCGAUUGUGAUUAGCAAUUCCUCGCGUCAGAAAUUCUUUCGGGCCGAUCAUCCGUUUUUCUUUGCCAUACGCGCCGAUAAUGUGACGCAGUUUAUGGGUCAUGUGGUUAGCUUUUAGUCACUCUCUAAUUUAACUCUCUGUGUAAAUUUCUUUGUUGUACUCGUACUACUCGUAUUUAUGUGUAAAUGCUCUAAAAAUAAAUUAACACUUUGUAAUAAUCGAUAA